ACAAUGCAACUGGCUUCCAUUGCCUCUCGUCUUGAUAUGAUGGACACACUUGUGGCAGAUGUUGCAGCACUCAAGGCUACUGACAAUGGGGCGACGCUUCCUGAUUUUAUCCCACCAGCAACUAGCAAAGGCAAAACAAAGGAGUUCCACUCCAGAUCUUGCGAACAAGGACGAUCUGUUCAAUCAGAAGCCGAAGAAGAAGAUGCUGAUAAUUCAUGGUGGCGACGAAACCCAACUCAUCGUCCACACACGAAAAUGGAAUUUCCCCGAUUUGAUGGUGGUGAUCCACGUGGUUGGAUCCUGAAGGCGGAAAAGUAUUUUCGCUACUACCAAACUCCUGAAGAAAUUAAAGUCGAUAUUGCGGCUAUGUAUCUUGAAGGAGAUGCCCUGGAUUUGUUUUCGUGGCUUAACAAUGAAAGAACGUUAGUUUAUUGGGAAGAACUGGUGAAAGCUUUACAAAAAAAUUAUGGUCCGGCGGAAUUUCAGAACCCUGAUGAACAUUUAUGUAGCAUCCACCAAACAGGAACUAUCCAGGAGUAUCGGCAAGAAUUUGCAAAACGCUCGGCGAGGGUUUCAAAUUGGCCAGAUCAUUGUCUGUUGGGUGUCUUUCUAAACGGAUUGAGGGAGGAUCUUAAAGCUGACGUUCGGAUACACAAACCUCGUACGGUAUAUAAAGCCAUGAGUUUGGCUUUGGAGUUCGAAUCUAAAAUAUGUUCAAAUAGGACGAACAUGGCCAUCGAUGCAAAACAGGUACUCUUUCACUCUUAG